UCCAGAAGAUUUACUAAGAUGGCGGAAGAAGCAGAAUUGGAGCUGGAAUCAGAAAGUGAUACAAAUACAAGUGCUAUUGGAACUAGAAGUGUAAAGAAAAACAUUUCCAUUAAAUUGAAACAACCUGCUAAGGCCACCCGUGGUCGCCCAAGGAAAGGUUCCAAAGUGACUCGCUCUGCUUCAAAAAAAGAGGAAGUUCUAGAGAAACCAGAGACAUGUGACCAAGUCGGAAAUGAUGCGGUAAUAGAGCCUCCGAUAUUUAAGCAGCCAGCACGAGAACCUGUCCACCAGAACCAGCCCCUCCAAUGGAACCACAAGGUAAACCUUAUUGGAGAGAAGGUGGUGGACCCUCUAGUACAUUGUUGUGAAAAAUGUCUGCUGCCGAUACUUAUAUAUGGCAGAAUGAUACCAUGUAAGCAUGUGUUCUGCUUUGAUUGUGCGAAACAGACAGAGAAAACAUGUCCAAGGUGUGAGGACCCUGUACAAAGGAUAGAACAAUCAGCCCUUGGUACAGUAUUUAUCUGUACAUAUGAGAGUACAAAACAUGGCAGGGCAGGUUGUCGACGGACCUACCUCUCUCAAAGGGACCUGCAGGCUCAUGUCCUUCAUAGACAUAUCCGACCUGCAGAGUUGAGUGCCAAGAUGAGUGGAGAGUCUUCUAGGGAUUCUCACGGAGGAUCAGAUUCUUCUCAUCGAAGUAGUCAGUCUUUAGACCAAUACACAACGUCCUCGUCCAAACAAAAACAUCUGUCACAGUUAGAACACUACUCCACCUCCUCUGGGAGACAUGUGGAGGGAUCACACAGUAUAUCCUCCAGGUCAGGUGGGGAAGAUGCCUUGUACCGUGAAGACAGGGUUAACCGUGUGAUGUCACAAAUUCCCUCUCAUACGCAGCCCCUAUCAUCACAGCACAGUAAUGUCAUGUCUGUGAGUGCAGCCAUGCUACCACACAGCCAGCCUCCUCCCCAACUUCAGACCAUGGGAAUCCCACCACAACAACACCCUGUGUCAUCACAUGAUGGCUAUCCGAUGUCCAGUAUACCAGUGAUGUCUGGAGGAAGGACUAACUUGAUCACUGUUCAACUGCAGGAUGACACAGACUUCAGACGUCGUGAGUCUUAUAUGGGACCUCAGACUGGAGUAAUACCCCCAGCGGUUUCAUUUUCAACAUCAAUUCCCCCUCCUGGACUACCACCCCCUCAAUUUGCAUCAUCAACAAUGGCUCCAUCCAUGCAUCAAGGCCCACCCCCUGUUUCUUACACUACACCUCAAGUGAACCAAGGAGGACCUUCUCCUUUCUCUUCCCCCACUGUAGGACAGUCUGCUUUAGUGUCUGGUAUGUCCAAUGCCCCUGUUUCACACCCUCCUCCAGGACCAGUUCCUCCACCUCGAGUUAAUGUCCCUCCUCCCGUAUCACUCCAUGGACUUCAAGGUGGACCUCCAAGGAUGAACAUGCCUCCUGGUCCAGUUCCUGCACCACAAACUCACCUUCCCACUAACCAACCUCGUUACCCUACUCCUCAUGGACACUUUGAUGAAAAUCAACAAAAUUCUCCCUUUGGACCUGGACAAAACCCAAGGGGACCAUGGACUGGGCCCCCACAGAGGCCUCCCCCUCCCCGCCCAGGAAACACCCCUAUGCAUCCCCCUCCUCAGAGACCCCAAUCAGACUAUGGUCAAUUUUACUGAGAUUGUAAACAUACUAGCUUGUUUUCAAAAGUGUUGCUUACAGCAUACAUGCAAAUUAUUGAUUAUAACUUUAAAUACAACUAUUAAUUGAAAAUGUUUUGAUCAGUAUAAUUUUGAAAAUAAAUAUUUUUGUGUAUGCAGAAACAUUUUUGGAAUUGAUGUAGUUAAAAUGCUGCUGAUAGAUUGAUGAAUUGCCUGUUCAGAUUAAUGAUACAAUACUUUAUUUUCUUGUGGGUUAGCUGCUAUAUAUAAAUUGUAGUAUAUUUUCCUAUAGAUUAGCUGCUAUAAGUAACAUGUAGUAGUUUAUUUUCCAAUGGGUUCGCUGCAUUUUGUAACAUACACCAGGUUAUUUUCCUGUGGGUUAGCUGCAUUAUGUAACAUGUACCUGAUUACUUUAUAUUCUAUAUGUAGCAGCCAAUUCAUAGAAAAAUAUUGUGACUGAUACAUGUGACUAUGGAAAAUUUAGAUUCCCCUAUACAUAUGAAAGAUAUAUUUGAAGGAGGGCUGGAUUUUAGGUAAAGAGUAUUUGUAAGAACCUUCACUGUGACCAUGUAAUCGCAAGAUCUUAGGGUUGUGUUGUUUAUGUAUUAUAUAUCUACACCUCAUUAGGAAAUGUUUUGUUAGGUGUACACUAUGGAAUAUUGUGUAAAGAUUUCUUUAAAAAUUUGGAAUAGAUUAAGGUUAUAUUUACACACAAGAGUAUAGUAAUAUGAAAUUUUACACUAGCUAGAUUUCAGUAAUCAUCAGUCUAGGUUAAAGGGUCUGGCACUUGACCACUUGGUUUUCACAGUGAUAUGCAUUUAUCUUAUCCGCAGAAGGAACAGAAGCUAGAGGUAGCAUUUCUUUCCUGCUGGUGUCCACAUCAAUCAAUGUAAAGUUUGGUUCUGCUUGGUUUCUUAGAGUAACACAGAUUCAGUACAUUGACAUUAGGAUAUAUAGCUCAAACUUUAGAAAAAUAGAGCUUUGGAAUACAAUUUUUGUGAAUUUUCCAGAAUUCUCAAAAAACUGUACCUGCUCUCGUACACAUCCAGUGGAAAUGAGCUGUAACAUAUCAGACAAAUUUCUGGCUGAUUCAUUAAAAAAAAAAAAUCAAGAUUUUUCAUUUUGGGGGUAAAAUCAGGACAAUGAGACAUUUUAUGUCUUUUGAUUGUAUGUUCCUGGCUACAUCUAUAUGAAAAUUAUUGGUGGAUAUCUAACAAGCCUUUUUAUAUUGUAACCUAGUCUCCUUUAUAAAUCACUUGGUAAUUAAUUUGUAGAUGGUUUUAAACAGAUAUUUUUUGUUUUUAAAUAAGUUUUUGAAUGAGAUUGUUAUGUGAAUUACAAAAAGUUCCAUGUGGAAGAGGUACAAACAAAGUAAUAUUCACAAAAGUUCAGUGAACUGAUGAUUGAUUAUAUUUGUCACUUUCUUAGGAAAACUAAAUAAGAUGAUAUUAUUUUUUGUGCAUUGUCUAAUUAUUUCAACAAUAGAUGCAUGUUUCGGUGUCAUUUUUCAAAUAUUCUACUUCGUAUAGGUUAAAUAUAAUGCCAAGAAAUUGGGAUAAAGUGUAAUACAUGUUAAUGAUUAAACAGUACAUGUUUACAAAUUAAAAUAUUUAAUAGUCUAAUUAAGGGAAAAUAUUUCAGGUUUGGGUACGUUGUAACAAAAUGUUUUCUUUGAUGAAUUCGGGGAAAAGAGGAGUCCAUGUAAUGUGAGAAUCAGUGGGUUUCAUUAUUGUGGAUUCUGCUUCAGUUGAACAUAGAUACCUCAGAGGUAUGCUGGGCGGUUAGAGAAUAUGAAUUAAUUAUAGAGAGGGGAUAAUAAGUGUUUUUUCAAGAAAUUGUCCUGAUGAAGACCCCACAACAAGGUCGAAAGAAUUUGACUUAUAAACUUAAAACGUUUUGGUAACGCUUAAGUAUGUUGUGGUUUUUAUCACCUCUAUAUAAAAUGCUUUCUUUGUAACAAACAGAUCCUUCAUCAAAUCAAAAGAAAACAAAUGAAUCUGGUCAAGAGCCAAAAAUGCAGUCAUUUGAUAAGGAAAGUAGUUAAUUUGACAGCAAAUAAGUUGGUAAAGUCAGGGAAAGGACAAGUGAGAUUACCGGUAAAGGCUUCAGAUGCCAAUGGUAAAGGUUAUACUUAGAAUAUAUCAAACAACACCAUUUCUGUUUCACACUUUAUGAAUGAAUGUGUAACAAGGCAAUGUGUUAGACAUGCUCGUUAGGUGUGCAAUUAUUUUACCAGCAGAUACGUGUUUGGUAAAAAAAAUUAAAGGUGUUUUCUACACUUAUUUAUUCUACAUGUUUACAUAUCCAUUGCUGUACUUUGAAAUUACUGCGUACAAAUGUACUUGGAAUGAUUUUACAGUGACUCCUGGAAAAGAAAACUGUUUCUGUAUCUUGUUAUCAUAAUGACUGAGGGAACAUUCACUGUUGUGUGUUGUUAUGUUAGAAGGUGGAUUAAGGAAAAGAUCAAUAAAUAAUAAAACUGGU